GAUGAUCAGCGCCUUUCUCACUGGGUGUUCAGUGGUGAUGCUGAGCUCCAAUAAGAACUGGAACUGUACAAAGAAAUCUAGUCCCUGCCCCCACGCAGCUACCGCGCUCUGUCAGAGUGAACUGAGCUGACGCAGAGCAAGCAUUAGGUUCAACGAUUUAAACAUGUAAUUUAUUUCAGAGGUAUGCUCCGACUGUUUAUUAUUUUAUGAGAGAUGGGGAGUUUUCAUCUGCCAUGGGUCCAGACCUUGUUAUAAACAGGAUUUCGAUGGAUUUUAACACUAAAUAGUGGAUCGAGGAUGACAAAGAGAAAAGGAUACAGAGACUGGAGGUGGCUCGCGCUCUGGUGGCAUCAUGUCUUCCUCCUGUGGAGAACAAUAGACGGACAGACGCGUUACAGCAUCCCGGAGGAACUAAAGCAGGGCUCCGUGGUUGGAAAUCUCGCCAAAGAUCUGGGUUUGUCUUCAUCUGAGAUGUUUGACCGUAAGCUGCGCGUCGCCUCUGAGGCUGGGGAGCAGUAUUUCAGAGUGGACGCGGGGACGGGCGAGCUGCUGGUGAAUGACAGGAUAGACAGAGAGGCUUUAUGUGGACAAAGCGCCAGCUGCGUUCUGCCUCUGCAAGUGGUCGUUGAAAACCCUUUGCAGUCUCACCGAAUUGAAGUGGAGAUAAGAGACAUUAACGACAACUCUCCGACGUUUAUGACGCAGGAGAUUAACCUGAAAAUACCUGAAUUUGUAGCUCUGGGUAAACGCUUUCCGUUAGAAAACGCAGAGGACGCUGAUGUUGGAAGUAACUCUUUAAAAACGUACUCUUUGAGCAAAAAUGAUCAUUUUUCUCUUAAGCUCAAAGAAACAAAAAAUGGCAAAUUCGUCCCAGAAUUAGUGUUAGAGAAAUCUUUAGACCGAGAGAAAAAUGCUCAACAUCAGCUCUUAUUAACAGCAUUAGAUGGAGGAAACCCCGUUACUUCCGGGACAUGUAAGAUCAUCAUUACUGUUCUUGACAUUAACGAUAAUUUUCCUGUUUUCAGUGAAAAUGAAUACAAAGUUUCUUUAAAAGAGAACAGCACUAAAGGAACAUUUGUUAUUAAGCUCACAGCUUCAGAUGCUGAUGAAGGUCCUAACGCAGAAAUCAAAUAUUAUUUUGGCUCUCGCACUCCAGACUCUGUGUUAACAACGUUUGAAAUAAACGACCUGACUGGAGAAAUAGUAUUAAAGGGAUCUCUAGAUUAUGAAACGAGUAAAUCAUACCUCAUCGAUGUAACUGCUAAAGACAAAGGGACUCCUGAAAUGGAGGGUCACUGUCGCGUGCAGGUGGACUUAGAAGACGUAAAUGAUAAUGCCCCAGAGAUUGUGCUCACUUCUAAACCCAGUGCUGUGCGCGAGGACGCACCCAGCGGGACCGUAGUGGCUCUGAUCAGUGCGCGAGACCUGGACUCGAGUGAUAACGGUAAAGUGAUGUUACAGCUUCCUAAAGGUUUUCCUUUCACCUUGAAGCCUUCGUUUUCUAAUAAUUACGAGCUGCUCACCAACGGCCCAUUAGACAGAGAGAAGAUGUCACAGUAUGAUAUGGAGAUAACAGCAACUGAUUCAGGCUCUCCUCGACUUUCUAGUAGCAAAAUAAUACCAGUCACCAUCACUGAUGUGAAUGAUAACCCUCCUGUGUUCACGCAGCCCUCCUAUAAUGUAUAUCUAAAGGAGAACGGAGUACCAGGGUCUAUCCUGUUCUCAGUUUCAGCUUCUGAUGUGGAUUCUGGUGAAAACGCAAAGAUCUCUUACUCCAUCCUGGACUCUAAAGUGCAGGACGUUUCUGUCUCAUCUUAUGUUUACAUGAACUCAGAGAACGGCAGCAUCUACAGCAUGCACUCGUUCGACUAUGAGAAGCUGAAGGUGUUUCAGAUCCAGGUCCAGGCAAAGGACCAGGGCUCUCCGAGUCUCAGCAG